ACAAUGAACUCGACUCAGCGUUAAAAUGAAAUCAUCUCAGUUACGGAACCUAUUAAUGAUCUUUUCACAUGACGGAACAAUAUUCUCUACGUCCUAUAAAUCUUUUCCUUAUACCCUUUCAAGAUGUUAAACACUUCAUCCAGUGAAGAUGAUGAAUACGUUGGCUCAACAGAGAAUUUUGGUGAAGACGAUCAUAAUGGGACCUGGUUGCAUUAUGAGGACAGGAACAUUCAUAAGAUUGACCGGGUAUCGAAGCCACAAGUUAACAAUCUACUGAAAUCGGGAUCAUUACCACCAGAUGACAAGGUUAAUCUAAAGUAUAGAACAACUGAUCAAAGUUUGCCCACAGGAUGGAAACAAGUGCAAUAUGAUCAAAUCUCUAAUGUUCAUAGCCCAUUCAUCGAUGCCCAACGGCCUCCACGUUUAGGAGAUUGUGUUGGUAAAGUCACAGAAUCAUCAAAGAUAGAUUUUACACUGAAUUGUGGUGCUGAUCAUCAAGAUAUAUGUGUGCCUGUUACAACCUCAACGCAUUUCAGUGUAAGCUUUGAAAGUCCUUUGGAAGCCUCCUCUUUAGGAGCACGACUUAGUCCUGUUGGUAGUAGUUGUUGGUCAUCUGAACAACAUAUCUCGCCAGACUUGACAUCGCUUAUGAGUAGUAGCACAAAUUCUGUAUCUGCUGGGAUAUCAUUAAGUUCAGGUCGUCAGCAUGCUUUGAAAUCAUUACUCCACAGACAGCCAUCAGCUGGAACAGGAUGUUCUGGUGGUACUUUUUCUACAGAAGCUGGACAAUUACAGUCUGCCUCAAAUUCUGUUCGUUCUGCUCCUCUAUGUCAUAGUCAAGGUACCAAGUCAAAGUGGAGCAAACAAAUGGGAAUAAAUAAGAAUUCAAAUUUACAAUAUUUUACACCACCUCCACCGUCAUUAGUAAUCAGUGAUCCAGAAGAGGAAAUGCACAAUAAACGUCUGCAAUUGUAUGUUCUAGCGAUUCGGUGUAUCGCCUAUCCACUUCUUACUACUAAUACUACUGGUCAAAAUAGGCGAUAUCUACGAGUAACAAAAGAUUAUUUGAAUAUCUUGAAGGAACGUUUUCAGUUGUAUUUACGUGGUGAUUUAGCUAUCAGUAGUGACGAAGCAUUUCAUACUGCUGUAAAUGAAUUUUUCGAAGCUGUACUCAAUAGUGAUCGUCUUUCAAAUAUGGUUAAAUCAGGAAGUUGUUCAAUGUAUGAUAUUCGGGAAAUUUUUAUUGCGAAUAUUGAAAAACAAUUUCAGGGUAUUCAACCAGUUGAAGGUUUAUCUAAAGAAAGUGUUUUAAGUGCAUGGAAAAUUAAAUUUGAUCAAAUAUGUCGUGGCGGUGAAGGACCAUGUCCUGAAGCAAUGAAAUUAGCUGUUCCACAACCAGAGCCUAUAGCAUUAUCUAAUGAACAAUUGUAUGAAUUACUAAUGCGUACUAUAUCAGUUGAAAAGUAUGAACAUCAAAUUUUAUAUAAUGCGUGUCAACUUGAUAAUAUGGAUGAACAAGCAUCUCAAAUAAAAAGAGAACUGUCAGAACGUUUAAUACAAAUUGACAAAAUGUGUAAAGAACGUUCAUUCCCUAAAAUGGUACAUAAAGAAAUGGAGAUGCAGUAUAUUGAAGAGGAAAAACUGAGAGUGAAUGGAUUAAUGCGACGUCUAGAUUCGAUACCAGCGCUUAAAACACAUUCCACAGGUGUAAAUAUAGCUCACAGACAUUUAAGAAAACAUCCUAUAAAAACAAUUUUAUCUAAUUGGCACACUGGCGAGACAAGUAGAACCAACAGAUCUGUACGUGACACUGGUUCCAUGAAUGAUCUUUGGUCAAGACAACUGGACAUGGAUUCAUCAAGAUCAUCUUUAUCAAUAACGGACGAUGUACAUUUAAUGAGUGAUGGUAUUCAGUCCUCUUCGAUGUUUCUGACUCAUGAAAUUCCAAGGGAGGCUAUGCAGGUUUCUUCAACAAUUGAAAUACUGGUUCAUCAAGUCAGGAAUAUUCAAAGUUUACCACGUUCAAAGAAACUUUAUUGUGCUAUAGAACUGGAUGGUACACCAGAUCGGAAGAGAACAGAAUCAGUAGAGGUUAAUAAAUCUAUAUGGAAUACAACUGCAGAAUUCCAAACAUCUCAAACUCUUCCAGUUAUCAAAGUGAAGGUUUUCAAAGAAUGUUCAGGGCCAUUGACACUAGAAGAUAAAGAACUUGGAAGGGUAACUUUUAAUAUAACUUGGUCAAGUCCACGCACCCCUCUUUGGUAUAAAUUACAAAAUACAAAACAUUGUCAUGACCCUGCUGAAAUACAAAUUUCAGUAUCUAUGCAACGCCCAACUAAUUGUAAAUAUAGUAAUUUUUGCUGGAUUCAAGGUCGUUCCACAUUUAAAAAGUGGAAACGACGUUAUGUUUGUAUCAUACAAAUAUCACAGUACACAUCAAUAUUAGCAGCGUUUGCUGAACAAAAAUCUCAACCGUCAGAAUCAAUUGUAUUAGAUGGAUUUACUGUAGACUACUGUGAACCAAGAACAGAUUUGAUGAACAUGGCUGCAUUCGGCAGAAACAAUAAACCUGAACACCAUGGAUCAACUACAUCUUUAACAUCUUUAUCAAGGUUAAGAUUUAGUACAUUAGGAAGAAUAACAAGUCAACGGCAUGUAGGCAAUAGUCCUCUUGGUGGAUUGGAAUGUGAUUAUUCGCCAAGAUUUUUCUUCAAACUUGUCCGAGAAGGUGACACAAUAAUUAUAGCAUCUUCUGCUGAAGUAGAUCGUCAGAACUGGAUACAAGCUCUUUAUCGAGCGACCGGUCAAACACACAAGCCUACAUUACCAGGAGCAUCAAAUGUUUCAGCCACUAUCAGUGAUCAAAAGAAAAGCGCUGUUGAUGUUGAAACUGGCCAAAGCAAAACAAUUGAUCGAUUCGCUUCGAUACCUAUACAUACACUUGAUCAUUUGGAAUAUUUCAUUAUUUUACAAUCAUCAAGUCUAGAUUAUCGGUUAACUGAUCCAUUUGUCUCACUUGGCUGUUUAAGUCCAACUCAACGAUAUUUAUUGGAUGAAUAUUGUACACGCUAUGGUAUACGUGAAUGUCAACGUCACUUAGCAAUGUUAAUUAAUUUAUUAAAUAAAAUUGAAAAUGGUAUGAGUAUAGAUCCAGAUUUAAUUCAUAUCAGUUAUUCCUUAUGUGCUAAUCAUGUUAGCGGUAAAGCUCAACAUGAUCAAGCUGUACAUACAGUGUUAGCAAUGGAACGUGAUCAAUUUCAAAUUAUUAGAACUCGAUUGACAACACUUUUGGAAAAACAAAUUACUGAAUUUCGUUAUUGCUUCCCGUUUGGUCGUCCAGAAGGUGCAUUGGAGAAAACAAUUAGUCUUUUGGAAAGAGUUUUAACAAAAGAAACCGGUGAACCAGCUUCAGCUGAACUUGUUCGUAAUGUUAUUCGUAAUUGUUUGAGAAAUGCAGCUGUAUUAAACUAUGAACGAAUUUCUGAAUAUGUUAUGAUUGAAGUCGUUUCUGGCCCACGAGUUAAAAAUACAAACAAAGAAAGUAGAAAAAUUCAUGAAAUGUAUCAUUUAGCUGAACUUUGUAUUGAAGUACUUAAACAAAAUGAACAACACCACUCUGAGUCAUUCUCCUGGUUCAAUGAUUUAUUUAUUGAACAUACUGAGAAUUUUUGGUAUUUAUUUCAAAUGGAUCUAUUUGAAUUAAUGGAUAGAUUACCGGAGAAUUGUUGGGAAGUAUUUGAUUUGUUUCAAUUAUUAAAUAAUUAUCUUUUAAAUAAUUCUAAUUUAUCUAAUGGUCGAUUUCAUCAAGAAUUAGCUAAUCGUUUCACACCACUGGUAGAUCGAUAUAUUGGACUGAUGGCAGAUUCCAUUGAACAAGCAUUAAUAGAGGGAUGUAAGAAUGAACGAUGGAUUCCAGCCUCGAAAUUAGACAGAAAUGAAGCAUCGUUUAAUAAAAUGGAAGAUUUUGGAAAACCCAAUGAAACCUCAUCAGUUAAUAUACCAGCUUUUCACCAUACAGAUAUUGAAUGGAAUCCGUCUAGUUCUUCAACUGAAAAUGUCCAGAAUAAAAAGAAAUUAGCUACACUACAAACAACAACAUCAACCGGCUCGGUAUUGUAUCGAUAUUCAUCGGGUAAUUUCAAUAUAGUGGGAAGUCAAACAUGCCAAACCGUUCUUGAACUCUUAUGGAGAUUAUACAAAUUAAAGAAAUUUAUUCAUGAAUUAAAUUGGCCUCAACCGGUUUUAGCUGAAGCAUUAGAUGAAAGGGUGUGCAUAUUAUGUGCACAAAUGCUUCGAGAAGUUGUAAAACGUACUCUAAUAGAACUAGAAUCAUUGGUUAGAAAAUGUGCCAAAACUGUGGAUCUUAUUCUUCCAUUAGAAUGUUUUACAAUGUUAAAUACAAUUAGUGAAUUAAGAGCUCAUUUAUUUUCAUUAUGUCACCCGAUUGAUCCAGGAAAUACCAGUAAUAAUAUUACAAGAUCACAUCGUCAACCAGUUAGAAAUGCAACUCAAUUACAUAUGGAAACUCAAGAAUUCUUUGAAAGUGUACAGAAAAGUAUGAUGGUCAUUAUUGUUGAUCAUUGUAUGAUUAUUUUGAAUGGUGUAUUAAAGAAAUUGACAAGAUUUGAUGAGAAUAAGCUAUUUUCAUCGAUUCUUGUAUUAACUAAACAAAAUGAUGAAGAAGGUCAAGCUUAUGGAACUUUUCUUCAUAUGAAUUUACAAAAUUUAAGCGAAAAUUUAGUUGAUGAAGUUUCUAUGCUUGCUAUGUUAGAAAUAUGGUAUACACGUCAAAUGAAAGCGAUUUACGAUUGGUUAAUUCAACGUAAAAGUAUUCUACUUCAUCCACAUCAAAUUAAAUGUCUUUCAAUUAUUGUUAAAGUAUGUGAAAUAAUUUGAAUUAUAUUAUUUAUUUGACUUUUAAAAGUAUUUCCUUGAAAUUACAUUCAAAGAAGGAUUUUACUAUUUGAAGGAUUCAAUCUAAAUAAUUCCUGAGAUAAUAUUAACUGGUCUCCUAGUUAUAAACUCAUGUUCUUCUGGUUCUAUUGUAAUGAACAAGAACACGACUAGGGAUAAUCGAAUGUAUGUAAGCACAAAUUACAGACUAUCUCACUGAAUUCUGAUAACCAUACAGCAAACAGUUAAUUUGCAAAAUAACAACCAAAUGUCCCAAUCUUCACUGUUCCUUCUGUAAAUAUUAGUCCGUUUUCUCUAACUUCAUUGUUCAUGCACUUUCCUACCAUUUGCGCUUCAUUUUAGUUUUUUCUUUAUAGGUCUUCUGCCAAAAUACAUUCAAUGUCUGUCCAUCACUAUAUACUACUUAUGAGGAUAUAAAUAGACCACACCACACUAUCGAUCAAGUUCUAAUGUAGUCACUAGUCUAACCGAAUCAGGGUUGCAAUGUAUUGCGUGUAUCAUUUUUAUUUAAUGUACAUGAAUGAUGAAAACACGGAAAUAGUAUGUUAAGAGUUAGAUAAAUAGUAUUAACAAUGAAAUAUUGAUGAGUUGUAAUUAAUUUGUGAACCUUGAGUUGCAAGCAACCCCUUAGCAAGUAGAGGUUUAUAUAUCAGACUUGAGUUCAUAAUGUUCGCUCUAGAGGGUAUUGACAAUAUUUGUUUGCCUAAACUGAACUAGAUGUGAACAGCUUCCAAAUCUACGAACAAUCGAUUGAAACCAAGAACUUGACUACCAGGCUGCCACAUCACUUUUCGUAGAUGGAUCCCCAAGCUCACGUUUACAUUUUUUCUGUUAGGGUUUGUUUGUUCCCAUUGUUGAUAUUCAGGACUACAAUUAAUUGGUCUUCUUUGAUAUAUGUGUCGUUCCGAUAUUGCCAUUUAGUCAAAAGUUGUUAUUAAGUUGGAUAGUGACCAGAAUAAGAAUCCAGUAUGUGUAUUUUAUCUGACUUGGCGCUUGUUAGCCGGCUGUAGCUGCAUCCUAGAGUUGACGUCUUCACUGAGACAUAAACCCAACAUAUUGUUUCAAACCCCAAUUAACAUUGCUUAUAUGAGUAAUAAUCUACGGAAUCCAUUCAUCAUAUCCAUCAACUAACUGUAUACUCUUGCGUUACUAUUUUCUUUGCAGAAAAUUUUCAGUGCCUUUGAAUUGCAAGGCUUGCCUAAAAAUGUAUUAAAUACUAUUGUAUAUCAAACAGUCAUUCAAAGAAUUCAGGUGAGUACGAGAACAUACAAUAAAUGUAUCAUGAUAAUAAAAUAAAUAUGACUAGUAAAUAGUGCAUCAUAGUGUUAAGUGAUUGAAGGUAUUCUGUAGAAAACAGUGCUGAACCUAUAAAAUAGAUCGGUAUUGAUGCUACCUGUGAGACUAAGACCCGCAUUAUCCAGUUUUACAAUGUGAAACGUAACCACUGAGGUACUCGGGCCGCAACUGACCAAUAAGACUAGAUUAUUUACAAAUAAUUGGUUACCGAGUAGUGACCAGUCAAUUGUAGUGCAGUACAGUAGUAGUUAGUCUGUAGAAAAAGCAGACAAUACGAUUAGAAUGGAACAAAUCAAUGCGGUCCAACAUGAAAUAUACUUAGUUACAAGUUAAUAAUUGUGGAUUACAACAAUAUCAACCCAAUUAUCAGCAAGAAUCAAAACCUACAGAAACUUUGUAGCAAAUACAAAAGUUUAUUUCGGAGAGUUUAUCAGUAUAGGGUUGUGGAGGUUAUUGUGUUUUUAUUAGGACCAUGAACCAAUAAAUGUUAGACCACCAUUAAAGCCUGGAAGCACUAGAUGACCGUUUUGUCUCAGUAUAAGACUCAUUAGCAGUGCUCAUCCAAGAUCCCGCACGCGGGAAUCGAGCCCAGGACAUGCGAUCUCGAGCGAACGCUUCACCCUUAGAUCAGGCAUCCAACGGUGUGAAUGUUGAACUUCAAACAAUCCAAUGCAUUGCGCAACCAUAUUUCACUGUCUUCGGUGGGUAACUGCCUCAAAUCCGACACGAUUAAACUCCACUGGUCACAGCUUCUCACCAGGACGGUGAGAAUUACCUCUCGGAGCUAAUCAUUAAUGAGCUCAUGAUGACUUCAAUAUAGGGUUGUGAAGCAUCUAAUUGUUUAGUAUACUUUCUAAGCUAACUUACACACUGUGUUUUAAAAGUUAGCAUAAUUCAAUAAUUUUUAAUCUAAACUGCAGAACCCUUGAAAACUAGAAAGCACUGGACUAUUGCUUUGCUAAAAUUGUAAUUACUCAACGGUAUCUCAUAAAACCGCAUAGGAUAUAAAAUCCGGGAUAUCAACAGUGAAUAAGAAAUAUUCAUGCCAGUGAGCUUAAAUUCAGUGGACCUGUUAUUUAAUAUAAAUAUACUGACGAAAAUAGGAACUAGAAUCUAGAGAGGUAAUAAGAAGUAACACUUUUCACACAAACAAUAAUUAAACCAUACCAUGAAAUCGAGUAAAUUGAAAUUGAAAUCGAUCAGAAAUAUAGAUAAAAUAUAAACAAUUGAUCGGAAAUUAAACACUACUCUGUUACGUCCUUGAUCUAUCUACCCACUUUAGUGCAGAGGACAACUUAUCUAGUGUAGAUUAAGACCUAGACGCGAUAGGCUGACUGGUUUAACCUUGAGGCCAGUACGCGUGAGUUCGAAGUGGGGGUAAAGAGACGAAAACUAUUCUAUCCCUGAUUGGCUGACAGGCACACGAGAGAGAGAAGACAAGACAAUUGGAACACUACUCGUUUUAUUCCAAAUCCGAUCUGGUACCCGCAUUCCGAAUUCAUGUAAAAAGAUACAUGAAUAAAUACAUGACUAACCUGACCACAAUGUACAAUAAUUAGGAAAAUACAAAUAUGUCCUAAACUGGGGGAUUACAAUAGGAAAUAGAGUACAAAAGGUUAUGUCUAAAUUACAAAAGCUUUGGAACAGAAAAUGCUAUGGCAGUGAAUCAUACAUCAAACGAAGGCUUAUUAUCUGUAGAAUAGACUGACUAGGGGCAAAAUUAAAUGUUACAGUUUUGCAAGCUUUGAAUUAAAUGAAAUAACGUCCCCAAAAAUAGCUUCCUUAGUUUGUUAAAGCUUCUUGUUUCGCUGUUCACAUCAUACUCAUUAUGAAAACAGAAGCAAGGAUGUCUGUUGUAGUGCCGUGCUUCGUUAAUCGUUCACUUCGAUAACCGUGGUAGGAUUAAACUAUACUGCCGAGUCAAUCAGAAGCUUUCGCGGGUUAUCAAGGUCACGGCGCUAAGUUCGGUACCUGAUGCUUACGUACGGUCGGUUUACACCGGAUUUUAGGGAAGACGUGAUAAUAGCGUCUACAACAGAAGUGAUCAUAAGAUUUUGGCGCGAAAUUCAAUUAUCCAUUAAGAUAAAUAGAGUUUUGGCAUUAUAGCUUAUGUCAGUUCGUGAUGAAAACCCUAAGUAUAAUUCCUAGCCUUAAUCAUGAACUGUAAAUAAUAAUUUGAAUUCUUCACACAGGUUUAUAAACCUCAUUUGGUCUUAGUUAUUAUGUUGACACUCUCAGAGUCACUCUAGCGUCGCUCAAAGGUUAUCCAUAACUUAUAGUCUCACCCAUAACCCUACACCUAAACCUUAAUUCUAACCCUAACCCGUAAACCAUACCAAUAUACUAACAUUAUUGAAGCUAUGUGGUCGAGGCUGAAAGAAUUUUUGAGACCUUAUCAUGGUUUCAGAGGUCGACUACUAUGGAGCCAUAUGGAAGUGUUCCUGUACCGUAUGCACUAUGAUUUUAGAACUUCUGAACCUAUAUCUGACCUUGAGAAGUUUUUGACCCAUGUAAAAGAGGUGUUUCCACUUUAAUUCUUUGGUUUUGUAUAAUAUAUUUUUACUGUAUACUAACUGUCUUCUGAUUGGCUUAUAUUUUCAAGGUCAUUUAAGAUUCGUUCAAAGGUCGGCAGUAUAGUUUAAUCCUGCCAUAACCGUUAUAAUUUAAGUCUUAACGGUGUAUAGAAUCAGAAGGCAAAAGGAAGCGGCAACUACAUUUUUAUUGACAAAUAACGUAGACCAGAAAGUUGUAAGCACAUGAGUAAAUGUUAGCGAGCGAAGCAUACAUGACACGUUUUGGAGAUGGCUGGUAAGCCAACUCAAGAGCAAAGCGAAAGUAAUGCGUAUUGGAGAUGAAGGGGAAGCCAACUUAUUUUAAGCAAGUGUUAAUCAGUAUUUAUAGCAGACAAAAAUGAAUGACAAACAUAUGAUGAAUAAGAUACGAAGUGUGCAUACACAUGAACUCAUAAAAAUAUAGUCAAUGUUAAUAAGCGAAUAAUUAACAAGACCAAAAUAUGAAGCAUAAUAUAUAGGGGAAUUGGCUUGGCCAAUAGCUAGAAUGAAGUAUAUGGGCUUAACAUAUAAACUGAUACUACACUGUCGUAAAAAUUUAGAAGUAAGAUUAUGUAUGCAUAUAAGCUGAAAACUAAGCUAUUGCAUUAUAGACAAUAUAAGAUGUAGCAUUAGUAUGCAUUCAUUUGAAGUCGUAUAAUUUACAUCUCAUUAAAGAUAUCAAAAUAAUAGUGAUAUCAAUCAAUGAUAGAAAGAAGCUAUAAACAGAGAAUGUAAUACAGAAAAAAGAAUGAAAUUACUGAAUAAAAUUUAUUAAAACUAGACUAUUAACAUUGUUGUAUGUAUUAUCAACUGAUAGAUUAUUUAUUUAAACACAUAUAUUGGUACAAAAGGGCACCA